CUCGUAUAUAGGUACACUUUUGCAUAGUAACCAUAAACAGUAGGUAUUGUUCAUCUUAUAUAAGGUUUGAUAUAAAAUGUCGAAUGGUCGGUAAUUUGAGGCCGCAUAGAAAGGUAUACUGCCUGGACCGUCCGAAUGAAACAGAUAGAGGGACCAACAUAAGGAAACAGGCGAGCAUGACGUCACAAAAUGACUUGAUCAGCAAGAGCGGGGAGUCGCUAACACAGUUUAUGACAAAUACAAAAGAAGGGGAUACCCUAAGAAUGCUGAAUCCAACGGACAGGGAGCUCCUCCGUUUAGUGAACGAGGGAGAUAUGCAAGAUAUCAAGGAGUACGUCGAACAUGCUCAUGAACUUGACAUAAACUGCCAUGAUUUCAUGGGAAGAUCAGCUCUAACCAUUGCCAUACAACAUGGUCACGAGGAACUCGUGGAUUAUCUACUUCACCAGAAGGAUAUCAAGCUAGGGGACUCUCUCCUGCAUGCAGUUAAAGAGGGCAAUAUUACAAUAGUUGAGAUGUUACUCAAUUGGGGUAAAAGUCUAAGCGAAGCAGAGAGACGGAGAUUGAAUGAAGACUUCUCAGAAAGUGCAGAAUUUCCCCCGGGUGUCACUCCGCUUGUUUUGGCUUGUCACUAUGACAACUACGACAUCAUACAACUCCUUUUAAGCAAUGGCGGCAAAAUCGACGACCCACACGAUUUUGACUGUCAAUGCCAAGAAUGCAAGAGAGAUGGAGACGAAUUUGGAGAAUUCCUUGAAACUUCACGUAAAAGAAUCAACACGUACAGGGCCUUGGCUAGUCCUGGAUAUAUCUGUCAGACGUCUGACGAUCCCAUGCUUGUGGCAUUUAAGCUUGCCCAUGGCUUUGAUAAACUCUACGUACACGAACCAGUAUUUAGGAAAGAAUAUAAAUCACUAGCAGACCAAUGUAGAGAGUUUGCAGUGGAUCUUUUAGAUCAGUGUCGUGCCUCGGAGGAAGUGUACCACAUACUGAGAAGGCCAGAGGGCGCUGAAUCAAGGGAAGGGGCCAGAGCCAGAGAAUUCCCACGGUUACAUUUAGCUAUUGAAUACGAGAUGAAAGAUUUUAUCGUCCACCCAAACUGCCAGCAGGUAAUCCAGACACUUUGGACAGAAUAUGUGCCGGACUUCAUGAGGAGAAGUAUGUUAGAGCAGAUCUGGUAUUUCACUUGGAGGCUCGUUUUGUUGCCAGUGAUGAUCUUACUAUAUCUUGUAGCUCCAAAAGCGUCAUUUAUGAAAUCAAUGAGAUCUCCAAUGAACAAGUUUUUAAGUGACACUGCGUCAUAUGUGGCAUUUCUUGGACUAUUAUUUGCUAAUAUGAUGACUACAGAGACUCGAAAGCGAGGCCAACAUCCUGGCGACGCCAUCGAAUGGCUAAUUAUCGUUUGGGUGGUAGGUUUACUUUGGAAUCACGCUAAGGUGCUAUGGGGUCAAGGAAGAGUCGCAUACUUUAAAACCCUAUGGCACAUAUACGACAUUGUUAUGAUUGGUACGUUUGUAUUAACAUUCGUAUGCUGGGCGAUUUCUUACACCUGGGUACGCAUAGCUGGGACAUCAUACGCAGAUGAAUUGAGACGAUUUUGGUUCGCAGAAGAUCCGAUUCUUCUCGCGGAAGGGUUUUUCUCAAUUGGCACAGUCUUGGCGUUUGGGAGAAUCGUAUACCUCUUCCAAAUGAGCCAAAUCCUCGGGCCACUUCAAAUCUCACUGAGCAGAAUGCUAGAUGAUAUAUUGCAGAUUCUAUUGACGUUUCUCUUGACAAUGUUUUGUUUUGCAUCGGGACUAACAAGACUGUAUUCAUAUUAUGAGAACAGUGUCAGGGUAAAUCCUAACAACAGCACAAAAACUCAACCACCCCAGUUCGUAGAAUUUUCUAACACAUUUCGAACGUUGUUUUGGAAUCUCUUUGGAUAUGGAGAACCCGAGUAUGCUGAUAUUGUAGUCACAAACACAUUCAAUAAUACUUUGAUAGUUCCAAUGAGGAAACACCACUUUACUGAGGGUGUUGGGUACCUCCUAUAUGCCGGGUAUCAUGUGAUUGUAGUGACAGUUCUAUUAAAUAUGCUCAUUGCUAUGAUGUCCAAUUCACUAAAUGAAAUACAGGAAAAUGCCGACGUUGAAUGGAAAUUCGCACGCUCCCGGAUGUGGAUGACCUAUUUUGAAAGCGGUGGGACAUUGCCCCCUCCCUUCAACCUCAUCCCCAGCCCAAAAUCAUUCUUCUACUUGUUUCUAUGGAUCAAGACAAAAUGCUGUGGAAGUGACGGAAAGACUGCAGAGUUUUCUCCUACUAGAUGUUGUUAUCUGGAAACUGAAGAAGACACAACAGAUAAGGCUGUAGCAACACAACGACACAAGUCGCUGAUGGUGCAACUCGUGUUGAGAUACUUCAACAAGAAGGAACAAGAAAAGGUCAAAGAAGCUGUCACCCCAGAUGACUUGGACAGUUUAAGACAAGAUCUCUUGAGAGAAAUACAGAAAUUGCAUCCACCAAAAACACCGAAAUUACAAGAAAUAUCAAGCAAUCAAUUUUCAUAUAGAAGUCCGCCAGUCCAACCUGUGCAAAGUAUGGUGUAUAUGUAAGCAGUACCAACAACGGAAAUACUUUUAAUGAUUUCAAACGUGUCAUCCAUGUCUCAUAUACACGGACAAUAUAUAAGUAAUUCCAUUAAUUUGCCAAAUUACAUAUCAUUGUUGUUGGAAUUCUAUUGAAAUAAAAAAUAUUCCUUACAACUUUACAACAUUGUUAUGAUAUUUAUAGGAG